AUGAUAAGACCUACGUCUCGUGCGGCUCUGCGGACCGCAAGAACUAGUUUCGUUCCCUUACGAUCUGUUGGAACUCGCUUCGUUAGCACACAGCCUCCGCAUCUACGGUCCAGAAGCUGGAAGAGCAGCGCAUUGCGAUGGGGUAUCGCUAUCGCCGGUAUAUACUAUUACAAUACGAGCCCGGUCUUUGCUGAGCAGCCACAUCACAAUCUAUUGAACCCGAACGUCGAAACUGUCGAUGAGGACGCAGAGACGUCUGCACUCGAUGCGCUGAUUGCUCGCCGGUCAAAAGAUGCCCAAGAAAAUCAUGAGGCGUUGGCUGCCGACGCCUCGGCCAGAAUUGGCGAAGAAGUAGCUCCUGCAGACGGUCAAGGAGCGGCUGAGCUGGCGGAGGAAGCGCAAGGGGAAGGUGCAUUCAACCCAGAGACCGGUGAGAUCAACUGGGACUGCCCUUGUCUAGGCGGUAUGGCGCAUGGUCCUUGCGGUCCGCAGUUCCGUGAAGCUUUUUCAUGUUUCGUUUUCUCCCAAGAGGAGCCCAAAGGCAUGGACUGCAUUGAGAAGUUCCAGGGCAUGCGAGACUGCUUCCAGGAGCACCCGGAGGUAUACAAGGACGAGCUCAUGGAUGAUGAGGAGCUUGACGCUGAGCUGGAAGCGGAGAAACAGGAGCUGGUUAGCCAGAUUGCUGAGAGACGCAAAGCCGAAGAGGCAGCGGCUACAUCAUCUCACAGGCUCCUCGAAGAGCCAGCACCCGCGCCAAAACGAACGCACGAGUCCAGGUCUUCUUCUGCUUCCGAGGCCCACCCCAAGCCUGCGGAUAGCGGCUCCCAUACACCUCGGACGCAGCCGCAAUCACAAGCUUCGACAUCAGCAGGCUCUGACCCUUCUGGCGAGCCAUCGCAUGAACAGGUGACAGAAAGGGGUCCUUCAAAAACGAUCAAACGGCCUACACCAUCGCCAGUGAGCCAGGAAGGAAUCCCGGAAAGCGAUGAGCUUAUUCCCAAGGCCGCGCAUGAUGCCCGAGCAAGCAACGGCGACCACUCCAAGUCGGAGUAA